CCGAUGACAGACUUUGCAUGCAGCAAACGCGUCGUCCUGGGCACAGCAGCACGUGCAUUUUGCAGAGUGCACUCUCAUACGUAAGCUGCGUGAUAUCACCAGUUCUCGUGCCGCAACGCGAGAGGGUCAGCGAGGACACCACAGAUUGUAGCUGAGUGCAGCGACUGCAAACAGCCUGCGUCGAGGCGCACGACUGGAAAACGUGGUACCAUGCGUACGCUCAGUAUCACUCUAACCUUAUGCAGCGCCCUGCAACCGCUACACAAAACCCCGCAGCGAACAACGCGACUGCGAAGUGCCGAGUCGCCCUACGUCGCCGACUACGACCAACCGCCGGGCCCCCACAGUACAAAAUGGCUCGCGACUUCGGAAAACAACGACCAGUGGAUCGAAUUCGACGAGCGGCACUACCGGAGCAUGUACGCGGACAUGAGUCGAACGGAGAUGUUCACCCAGACCCUUGAGAAGAAGCUUGCGAAGUUCCCGCCGAAGACGGCCGUGGUGUGUGACCUGGGAACGGGGCCCUACCUGCUGUUUGCGAAGGCCGCGGCGGCCGCAGGUGCUAGGAAAGUUUAUGCUAUAGAGGCCGUGCCGGGCUCGCAAAACAAAGCGAGGGAAGAAUUAGCCCAGCUCGAGGCGGCGGACAAUUCAGGAGUGGAGCCCGGCGUCAUCGAGCUCGUUUGCGGUUUUUCGACGGAUGUGGAGCUCCCGGAGAAGGUCGACAUCCUGAUCAGCGAGAUCGCGGGGUCGAUCGCGUCCGAGGAGGGCGUCUACGGUUUGUGUUCAGCGUCCAUGUCUUUCAACGUGCCGCGUCGAUGGCGUAGGGUUCGGGACAGUUCGUACGCGACUCACAUUGAAAGUCUGCGAGAGCUCGUGCGCCGUCGUCACUCUAAUAUCACACAGCGACCAUCAAGGACGCGCGGGAACGCUUCGUGAAAGAACCAAGAAACCCCGACUCCUUCGUGCCUUUCAGUUAUGAGACCUGGGGCGCGCCGGGCACGGAUUUGUGCCACCAUUCCGGCGGCUCCCAAUCAUUACCGAACGACGGGACUGCUCUCAGAAUAGACUCGCAAGACAAUUCCAUGCAGUUGUUGGCGGAUCCUGUGCUCGUGGAGGACAUCCAGUUCGCCGGUGAACUACCAGAGCACAAGCAGGAGGCUUCAUUUGAAUGGACAGUAAGUCCUGAGAGGAUCGCGGCGAACGAGCGCGCGUUCGGGGAGAUCCUGGGCCAGGACCGCGAGGCCAUCGAGGCCAACGGUCUAGAUGUCGAGCGAUUAGCCAAGGACGUCGCGCGGUCCAUGACGGGCAUCGCCCUCUGGCCGACGAUCGUCUUCGAGCAGGAUCGGUCCGUGGUCUACGAGACGCGCGGGCCGUUGGGGGAGAUGCGGCUCUCGCACUGGCCUACUGUCUUGCCUCCUCUCCGAGAAAGGCCUCUGCUCGUGAGUCCGGGCACGAUUGUAAAAGCGGACUGGUGCGCGGACCUGCGAGACGGAAAGCCGUCGACGCCCCUCGAGUAUUCGCUGGUCUGCGACACGGCGCCGCCCGUCGAUGCAGCUUCUGCGGAGGCCGCGGCGCAGGCCGCCGCCCAGCGGUUGAGCGAGGAAGCCGCCGCCGCGGCCGCGGCCGCGGCGCCCGCGAAAGAGAAAGAGGAGGCGGACCUCGCGGCCCUCAAGAAAGCUAGGGAUGAAGCUUUAAAAGCGGGCUGGGCAGCCCAAGGCAAGCAGGUGUCGGGCGAGUUCAUGCAGGCGGCGGCGUCGGCGCCCACCGCGGCCGUGCCCGAGGACUUCGACGCGUCGGAGUGGGUCUCGGCCGUCGACGAGGCGUCGGGGAAGACAUACUACUACAACUCGAAGACGGGCGCGUCGAGCUGGGUGUGGCCACCCGUGUAAGUUUAUG